CUGUUCAUUUUAAUACUUGAGUUGUUAUAUUGCCCUCUUCGCUUCACUGUCUUCAACGUCUUCUGCUUCCAAGAGCCCGUGUGCUCGCAAUUUUGUUCACCCGAAAAGAGCAGUGUUAGAAUAUGGCAGCAAAUAGACAACAGCCCUUUCUCCCUCUGCAAGAUUCGAGGCUCACUAAAGCCGCCCUGUCUUCCACAUUUAACAUUUUAUUGUGACAGAUGCAUAAUGGUGUCACUGCUGUCAAAGCCUCACAUUACCUUCAUCCAACUGUGUGUGUUGAUCUACCCAAUGUACUCAACAUGCUAAUCUAUGGGUUCUUCCAUUAUUUAAAAAAAAUAAUAAUAAAUAAAAAAAAAAACCAAACAACACACCUCUAUUUCCUAAAAUAGUGGUCGCCCCUCUGAUGGUUGCCGGACACAUCAUCCACUUCAGCUUAAUAAAUGCCUCCCUCAAAUAGACAUCUCGCUUUUCCCAUCAGGAAAUUGAAAAAGGAAUAUUAUUUGUUAGCUAUUGUUAACGUAUGGCCAUUUGAGUUGACUGAUGAACCCAUUUGAACUCUUGCUAACCAAAACGGCAGCACCGUAGCAUGUAAACAGUCUUGGAAAUGGAGUUAAAUGUGUAAACAAUUUGAUUAUAGAUCUUUCUUGCCCGAUGGGGAGAUGGCGGCAAUUGGUGUUCCAGUAGACUAUGUGAUCAACCCAUAAUGUUUUCAUUCAUGUUCAGGAAAGUCCUUUUCUAAGUUUCGUUUUACAUUACAUUGUAAUGUAACGGUUAUGUUUAAUAUGCUGUACAUAGACUUGGAGGCCUCUGCCCCUAAUAUAAACCUCCCACUACCAGCGGUUGAGUAAAUAAACAUACCCCGGCCACUAUGCAGAAAUAUGGUAUAUCUCACUCGUGUAAGAGAGCGGAUGUCAAAUAUUUUUCUGUUUAUUUUCCAACUUAUGUAGUCUAUUUCAUUCUAGCUCAGCAUAAAAUAUUUCCACACUGUAAAUAACCGCCUCUCUCCUUGCCACAUGAUUUGACCCCAUAUCCCCCCCCCUCCAAAAAAAUGAAAAAAAGACAAAGUGGAUGGUUUGUGUGUUUGGGGGGGAAAGCUGUUUUUUUUAUUUUUAUCAAUGACGCUAUAUAACCAGUGUUGGAGUGUCCAGUCCUUUCUAGUGACACCAGCAUGCAUAGUUUUUGUCACGGUCAAUGCAUAUGCAUCAUUCUGAGUGUUUUUUUUUUUCCCCUUCUGUUUUGUUAUUUACAAUGCAAUUUUUUUUUUUCCCCCCUUCUGUUUUGUUAUUUACAAUGCAAUUUUACACGUACAUGCAGUAUCAUUGCUUGGUUAUUUCCAGCAGCAAUUGUUACAAGUAGUCAGGUAUUCCACUUUUUUUGUUGUAGUAAAUUUAAAAAGUUAAACGCCUACACAUUACAAGCAACAUUUUACACAACAGUAUCUGCACCACACAUGGGAGAUAACAUUAAAUAGGCAGUGUUAUUGUUUUGCCAUCCAUAAUUUAGUCAAUGUCCAUGGGGAUAGUAGUACAAAACAUUUUCUUGCAUGUCGGCUGUAAUGACACAAAAGCUCUCGCUCUUCAUGUUCAACAUUGCCUUUUUGGUACAGUUGGUUAGUUUUAGUUUUUUUGUGUGUGUUAGUCAUAUUCUAACUGAUUUCAAGUAGAUCUUCCUUUUUUCCUGCAUAAACGGUUCUUGUUACAUGCCAAAUGUCUUCUCCACAAUAUCGCACAUUUUGUUUUAAAUAUAUUUAUAUAUAUAUUUACGUUUGAGCGCAGACGGUGUGAUGCGGCUUCAUUCAUAGUGAAAACCAUCUUGUUAGAUGGGGUGACGUCAGUAACCGGAGACGAGCUCUGGAAACUGCUUUAGCUCCACCGUGUGUUCAAAGUCGGGCACAAUAUUAUGUUCGUUUAAUAAUAAUACAGUAAUAGUUGAGUAAUUCCCCGGGCAGUUGGGAAAUUUCUUCUUAGUUUGAAUUUAAUUAGCUUCUGCCAUGAUUAUUUUGCAAUAAUCGGUUUCUCAAUAAACGAGGUCAAUGUGAGCACUUGAUACAUGAUUUGAAUUUUCCGUGGUGCGUGUAAAACUCAUUUACGCUUCCGUGGAAGAUCCUUAACAUCUUCAUGUAAUAAAGAUUCGACACAGAAUCAUUUAGGAAAACGAAAAAAUGAUUUAUCAUGAUUGGAAUAUUUUUCCAUUUUCUAUGCACCAACAAAAGGUGCAAAUUUGAGUCAACAUGUCGGGUUUCAAAAAGGUUUUUAUUUUAUUUUCAGCGUGGCGUCGUAACUGCGUUUGUUUACAUGCUCCCGUGCGUUAGGUUCUAUGCGGAGUACGCGUCCUCGUGAACGCGCACGUCGUGACGUCACAGUCGUCAUGGCCGCGUGCGUACGGUGAAAAUUGGUGGUGGUGGCUGUACUUGGAGGACAUGACGUGAAUGUUUGUCCGGGCAUUUGUAUUGGAGAUGUCGGUGACGCAGAUGUAUCGGCUGGUCGUCCGUCAAUCGACUGCUCGCGCGUUCAGGAGGUACAGCAAGGCGUGCCCAGCGUUGCCAGAGCGAGUGCAAAUCUUUGAGUCUCUCAGGGAGCAAAAGGACAAAAAGAGGAGAGUUGAGGCUUCGGAAAAGCACCUCAGCAUCCACAUAGGUGAAGGCCAGCUUGUGAAGGGAACAUCCGGGGUCACAACGCCGCUCUCUGUCGCACAGAGUAUUCGUGAGAAAGGAGCCAUAGUGAGCAAAGUGAAUGGGGAGCUAUGGGAUCUUGGGCGUCCCUUAGAGGCUGAUUGUCACCUACAAUUUAUUGGCUUUGACUCGCUUGAGGGAAGACAGGCAGCAUGGCGGACAGGGGCGUGUGUGUUGAGUGGAGUGUUGCAGAGGGAGUUUGGUGCCCGGGUGUGUCGCGAAGGAGUGUCGGAGCUCGGCCUUUACUGUGACCAUGUGCUGGAGAACAGUGCCGCCGUGUCUCUGAGUGAUCUGGAGGAGAGAUGCAAGGCGGCCGCUGCCCUCAAGCUGCCUCUGACCAGGCUGGAACUCGACGCACAGGAGAUCAGUGAGCUCUUCCAGGAUGACAUGCUCAGAUUACAGCUUCUACAGGAGAAGAUGAACGGCCCCACUGCUACGGUAUACAGGUGUGGAGACAGCAUAGCACUCUGUAAUGGCCCCCUCCUCCCACACACUGGCCUCCUGAGGGUGUUCAAGAUGCUCCAGCUGUCAACUCUGACUCUGGCCGACCGGAGUGAGUGCCCGGGUUUGAUGCGUCUCUUUGGGGUGGCCUUUCUCAGAGAGAGGGAUAAGGAGGAGUGGGACAGGGAGCAGGAGGAGACCCGCAGGAGGGACCACAGACGCAUCGGCACAAGCGAGUAUCGAAGGCGAGGCUUCACCGAGGUCAUCACCCCGACUCUGUACAACACUGCAUUGUGGGAGCGUUCAGGCCACUGGGAGCACUACAGCGACAACAUGUUCACCGUGACCUUGGAGGGUUCUCAGACCUACGCGCUCAAGCCCAUGAACUGCCCUGCACACUGCCUGAUGUACGAGCAGCGUGUGCGCUCGUGGCGUGAGCUUCCUCUGCGCUGGGCCGACUUCGGGGCGCUGCAUCGCAACGAGCUCUCCGGCGCUCUGGGAGGUCUCACCCGUGUCCGCAGGUUCUGCCAAGACGACGCUCAUAUCUUCUGCACACCUGAGCAGCUGGAAGAUGAGAUUGUGGCUUGUUUGGAUUUCGUGAGGAGUGUUUAUCAAGUGUUUGGGUUUUCCUUCCAUUGCCUCCUGUCCACACGUCCCACUCCCUGCCUCGGGGAGCCAGAGCAGUGGGACCACGCCGAGCAGCAGUUGGAGCGGAGCCUGCAGCAGUUUGGCGAGCGGUGGGAGUUGAACCCAGGAGACGGAGCUUUCUAUGGGCCAAAGAUUGAUAUCCAGAUCAGAGAUGCUAUUGGCCGACAGCACCAGUGCGCAACCAUCCAGUUGGACUUUCAGCUGCCAAUCAGAUUUGAUCUUCAGUAUGUGGGGCGAGAUGGCCAGUUGCAACGACCGGUGAUGAUCCACCGUGCAGUACUGGGAUCACUGGAGAGGAUGAUCGCCAUCUUGGCUGAAAACUUUGGAGGGAAAUGGCCGCUAUGGUUGUCUCCGGCGCAGGUAAUGGUCAUCCCUGUUGGGAUCAGCUGUGUGUCAGCCGCCAAACAGGUGGUUCAGCAGUUUCAUGAAGCUGGCUUCAUGGUGGACUUGAAUGAAGACAGUGGCUCCACCUUAAGUAAGAAGAUCCGCUCUGCUCAGCUGGCGCAAUACAACUACAUUCUUGUGGUAGGCAAUCUGGAACGCGAGAGCCACACGGUGAGUGUUCGAAGUCGAGGCGGCCUGCAGCUGGGCAGGCGACCUGUCGAGGAGGUUCUGAUGAGCCUCACACGGCUUCGAGACUCCAGGAGUAACCAGGAGACCUUUUAAAUGGGACAUAAGAAACAUUCUCAUCCAUUUCUGAAAUUACACAAUCAAGUAACUCAACCUAUCUACAUGAAACAUGUUAUCGUUGGCUUCUGAUAACUGACACAUAAUACUAUCGAUGCUUUUACUGUCUGUGUCUUGAUGGGGGGGGGGGGUUCCCUUCAAUCUCAGGCUCCCGCUUGAGCAACCUAGAAACCCCCUACCUUUGCCGUGCUCAUCAUGGUAACUCAAAGCUGACAGCGGGGCAGAGGCUGUUUUGUAUAGAUGCAAAGCAGGCUGAUUGCAACGGCGCACUAAAAUUGUGUAAAUAUAGAAAGACAUAAUGUAUGAAAAUGUGACUUUUUAAUAGUUUAUAUUCAAAUAGGUCACUGGAAAGCCUGCCUACGCAUGAAGUGUGAAAUUACACAACCACAUAAAUCUUUUGUUAGCUACCUAUUUUUGUCCGAUUUUGUCACAUUUUCACUAAUGUCUCUGUCUCAUUUGCAUUAGAUACAGUAAGACUGCCCCUUUCAUACAGGCAUAUUUCAGCAAGGGGAAUAAAUUGGGUGUGAACUGCUAUCCUUCUUGAUCCUUGGGAUAUUUUUGACAAACUCAUGUUACAGAAAUGUUAUUGGAGACUCGGCAUAUCCAAGACAUCUACAAACUAUUUGUGGAAAAAUUGCGUAUGUGUCUCAGGACAAUUCUGUAAUGUAAACCAAUGUUAAUUUUUGGUGCGGCACUUUAGCUGGGAGAAGUGCAGCUUCAUUUUCUAAUAAAUCUCCACAAACGUU